GCAGCAGAAGCCAUGUUGCUGUCCUCUUUGGUCCUCACUCUGGCCUUGCUGAUGGCUUCCGGCACUGACUACAAGGUGAAGGAAGUCUGUAUCGGAAGUCCUGGCAUCCCUGGCACUCCUGGAUCCCACGGCCUGCCAGGCAGAGAUGGGAGAGACGGCAUCAAAGGAGACCCUGGGCCUCCAGGCCCGAUGGGCCCGCCUGGAGGAACACCAGCCUGCUCCGGGCCUAAUGGGCUGACCGGAGCCCCUGGCGUCGCUGGAGAGCGUGGCGUACAGGGGGAGCCUGGCGAGAGAGGCCCUCCAGGGCUUCCAGCUUCUCUAGACGAGGAGCUCCAAACCACGCUCCGUGACUUGAGACAUCAGAUCCAGCAGGCCAUGGGAGUCCUAAGUUUGCAGGAGUCCAUGCUGGUAGUGGGAGAAAAGGUCUUCUCCACCAACGGGCAGUCGGUUAAUUUUGAUGUCAUUAGAGAGUCAUGUGCCAGAGCAGGUGGCCGCAUUGCUGUCCCGACAAGCCCAGAAGAGAACGAAGCCAUCGCCAGCAUCGUGAGGAAGCACAACACUUACGCCUACCUGGGCCUGGAGGAGGGCCCCAGCCCUGGAGACUUCUGCUACCUGGAUGGGGCCCCCGUGAAUUACACCAACUGGUACCCAGGGGAGCCCAGGGGUGGGGGCAAAGAGAAGUGCGUGGAGAUGUACACAGACGGGCAGUGGAAUAACAAAAACUGCCUGCAGUACCGCCUGGCCAUCUGUGAGUUUUGA